AUAACACUUAUUAAUUUGUUUGUGAACGCCGAAAGGAAGCAAAGCCUUUGGAAGAACCUAGACAUGGAUCCGAAGCUUACAGAGAUUUCACAGCUGUUCGAACGAUUCAAAGCUGCAAUUGUACGGAAUGAAUUCGAAACUUGCACUAGAUUUCUCUCCCAACUGAAGGUUCUAUUGACCGAAUAUAAGAGCCUGCCUCCCCUAUUUCAGAACACUCCUAAUGCUAUCCAAGAGUUGACGAUUGCAAGAGAUAUAUACGAGCAUGCAGUUGUUCUAGCUGUAAAGAUGGAAGACCAGGAUGCAUUUGAGAGGGACUUUUUCCAGCUGAAACCUUAUUACACAGAUGCUCGUGGUCGUCUUCCACCUUCUGCACAAGAAUAUCCAAUCUUAGGUCUCAAUCUUUUGAGACUCCUUGUACAGAAUAGGAUUGCUGAAUUCCACACCGAACUAGAGUUGCUUUCUCCUAGUGCUUUGGACAACCCCUGUAUACAGCAUGCUGUGGAAUUGGAGCAAUCCUUCAUGGAAGGGGCUUACCACCGUGUGUUGAGUGCGAGGCAAUCCGUGCCUGAUGCAACCUAUGUUUAUUUCAUGGACCUGUUAGCAAAGACUGUAAGGGAUGAGAUAGCUGGAUGCAGUGAGAAGGCUUAUGACUGUCUUUCAAUUAGUGAUGCUCGACAAAUGUUGCUGUUCUCCUCAGACCAAGAACUACUUGAAUAUGUUAGGGAGGAGCAUCCAGAGUGGGAGAUCAAAAAUGGCUUUGUGAUUUUCCAGAAAGUAAAAGAUUCCGUGCCUUGCAAGGAGAUACCAUCCCUGCAGCUUAUCACUCAAACACUCAGCUAUGCAAGGGAGCUGGAGCGCAUUGUCUGAGAAGACACGUCACCCUGCUCUUUUUGGGAUUUCAGUCUCAUAUAUUCUCGAAAUUGGACUGUACUGUGAAGAUAUUUUCGUUGCCUUCAUCAUAAACAAAUUACGAUGAUACUGUUAGAGAACAGUUUUUGUAUCUUAAAUCUUAAUGAGGAUCAACAUCUUCCUUUUUCUCCCUUUUAGGUGUCUUAGAAUUUCCAUCUGAUAUAUUUUGUGCUGUCGCUUGCUCCCAUCCACACAAUUAGGGAAAAAGCUCAUUCUUUAUGCUUCA